ACACCACUGCAACGACAUGGGGCGUAUUUGAUGUUUACACGGUGUACGGUCUAUUUCGAACCCUAGAUGAGUUUUAGACCACGUUUUUAAAGUUUCUCUCCGGGACAUGGGUGCGAACAAUGAGCUAGUAGUUUAAAGAGGACAAGCUAAUGAGACUUUCAGGUAGUGAGCUCUCUAUAUUCCUUCGCUCUGAGUUCCUGCUUCACUACACACACACACACACUCUCUCUCACACACAGCACAGAGAGGCAGCCGAGUGUUACCCGGAUGGAACUGUCAUGGCCGCCGUCUCUGACCUGCCAGUCUAAAGAGAAAAGAAAGGAUCCAUUAUAAGACAUGGAGGCUACUACAGAUGACCCACCAAAAAGCCAUGACCAGAACGGGGACGUUGAGAAAGACAAUUCAGUCGAUGCAUUGCCACCAUCAAAAGAACUUGCAAAUCAGACAGAAGACACUGCAUAUAAUGACCUUAGUGUCCAAGAUGAAACACAGUCUGGAGAGUCAGGUACUGAUAACUCUCACACAGAGAGCAAGGCCUCAGAGAAAUCACCAUGUAAGCUCCAACAGGGUGCUAUUUUCUCUGGAAAAAUACUCAGUUUUUGCUGCUCAGAAUGUAAAGGUGAUACCACUUACAGCCCUAAUGACUUGCUGAAACACUUUCAAGGGGCUCACAAAGGAACACUUCCAACAUAUCCUUGUGAUCUUUGUACUUUCGUUACCAACGAGUUUUCAUCUCUCCAACGACAUCGCAUUGGACAUCGAGACACUUUGGUUACUUGUGAGAUCUGCAACGAUGGAGUCCAGUACUCUCUACUGUUGCUCACCAGGCAUUUCAUUAUGUGCCAUAGCUGUAAUGGACUUUUUCGUUGUAAGAAAUGCGAGUUCUCGACCAGAGAUGCAGGCACUUUUGUUCAGCACAUUCAUCAUCAUAACGAGGGCAGCCACAAAUGUGUAAAAUGUCCAUCCAUGAGUCCCACACAAGGGAAGGUCCACUCUGGGAAAGUCCACUCUGGGACAUUUCCUUUCACAUGUCAGUUGUGUGGUUAUGGUGCUGCAAGGAGGGAGUAUUUAAGUAAGCAUAUGACUGUGGCUCAUGGUGAUGAAAUGGAUAAAACAAACAGAUGGAGGUUGCUCGAGGAUAAUUCUCGAGUUAAUUCUCCAGGACUGAAGUUGCUGCUUAAAAAGAGUCUUCCUGCUGGAGGAUCCAGGGAACCACAGUGGAUGUCAAAGCUGAAUUCUUACCCUGGAGUAGGUCUGCUUGACCACAGUGGCAGAUUAUUUAAUCCUGAGAAAACAUUGGAGGAAACACAACAAUUUCUUGAAAGAGCUGUGGGUGUGAAGAAAGAGACUAAUAAGUGGAGUAAAGGUCCACUACAGAGUGAGCCACAGUGUUCGUACCCAGUUACAUCCACUACACCACAGCCAAAGAUACAAGAAAAUGAACUCGGUGCUGGAUCUGGAAUUCUAGAUCCUGGCAACAGCAAUGGGUUGACCGUUCUCAUGGUUAAAAAUAAAAUCUCGAUUCCUCCUAACUGUACCACAAAGGUAAUGGGCUUUAAGAUGGUAGAUGGUAAAAAGCAUUUAGUUUUAAAAGUCAUACCAACAAAACAGGAACCCACUACCAACAAUGACAUGUCACCCACAAAUAAUGUUGUUGAUGAUGAAAAGACUGGUAGCUCCCCAUACUCCUCACUGUCUGAAAGAUCAGGAUCUCUUCUCAGCUUAGAUUCUGGGACUAACAAAGAUGUAUCUGCCUCAGUAAAUAUAGACACACAUAAUGUAGAAACUCACAGUGGGGACCAAUCACCUUUGUUGGAUGACCAUGAAGCAAAUGUGGAACCAACUUCAAACCAGACUGAUGAUGAAGUUCUUGAAAUAUCUGAUACAUCAGAGUCUUCAGCAUCACAUUGUGCCGACUUGUCCACAAUAAGCAAAGAGUCAGAUGUUUAUGAAAACCUGGGCAGUGGUUCAGAUUCAGAAAAUAAAUCAUUACAUCAUGAUCAUGAACAUUGUACACAUCAGUCCAGGGCAGAUGAGUCCAAAUCUACACAUUCAAGGUCGCCUAAAUCGCCUGAGAUCUCUCACACAGACCAAACCAAAGCAAAAGCAGCUCCAUUAGAAACACCUGUUAAACACACCACAGAAUUAGUUUCAUGUACUGAUGAUCUAUCAUCAUCAGAAUCGGCUGCAGGUGAGCACACACUUCCUGAGCUUGCAGUAUCUGCAACAGAUGCCUCAACGUUGUCGCUGGUAGAUGAGGUCACUACCCCUCCUGACGUAGCUGAGUCUCAUGGUAAUUUAGUGGUGAGUAAAAAUUUGGAAUCCUCUGAAGACCAGGGUGCAGAGCAGAUUUUACCUAAAAUUCCGUCCCCCACUUUAGUAGCUGAAGAGAGAGAGACCUCUUUUUGUGAUGAAUGUGAGUCUACAUUAUCUGAGAACACAGCAACUUCAACCCCAUUACCUAAUUUAUUGAAUGGUAAAACCUCUCGGCCUAGUUCAGUCACCGACUUCUCUCCCAGGAAGGAUCUACUUGCAGAAAAUCUCUCAGAUUCACAUUUAAGCCCACUGAAAAAAAACAGCCCUAAUGAUUCCCCUGAUGCCAAAGAUGGUGUCACAGAAGUUGACACUGUUUUGCAAAAUUCCCCAAAUCAGGAGGUUUUUAGUUUUCACAAUUACUCUAAAGAGACUUUCAGUAGUUCCCCUGAUUUUCUGGAUGCUGAUGAACAUUCCCAAGAGGACUUGGAGGAAGAGGAGUGUGAAGAAGAUUUUGAUGAACUAAAACUUGCUUCGGAUUGGAGUUUAACACUGCCUGCCUCUCCACCGCUUGUGGAUGAACAGUCUGAGGAAUGUGUAGGAAGUGGGGAAGAAAGCAGUACAUGUGUUAAUGAUCUAGCUAAUACCAGUGAGAAUAAAUCGUUAGAAAGAGUGUCCGAUAGCGACAUAGAGGUUGAUGAGUGCGUAGCUACUGUUGAGGAUUUACCCGUUCCAGUGAUUUCGGAGACUGACAAGGGAGCAUGUUCUUCAGAAUCCGAGAAAAAGGAAGGGGAUUUUACAUCUUCUGUGGUUGAGGGUGGUCCUGCAACUUUAAAGAAUGCUGCUGUUUUGGGCAAGAUACUUGAAGAGCAUUCAGAUGCUAUCAUCAACCAGCAGCUUGAGAAAGAAAGGAUGGUAUCCUCAGCUGUGUUGCAGGAUACUAAUAGACCUACAAAAACAACACUUCGAAUACUGCAGAUGCCUGAGGGAAAGAAGCAGAUGUUCCUUCAGACUAUGGAGAGUCCAUAUGCUGUGCCUGUCCAACUGACAAGUGGCCAAGGCUUCAAGCUUAUUACAAAGUCCUGUGCUUCCAAAGUAAAUGUGUCAUAUGUUAAGCCAGGAAUUGAAAUGCCUAGCAAAGGUUCAGGGUUGUCUCUCACACUUAACGGAGGUAGAAUUGGGAUGUCGGCACAGAGUUUAAGUGGAGAGGGUAAAGGUCAUGCCUCACUCUUGCAAACAGUGAGCAGCAACGGAGGCCGCUAUUUUGUCAAUGCUUCUGCCCUGAAAGGGCCUCUCCUCUUAUCAGGUACUGUUAAGUCCCCCUCAGAACAGACGGUCAACAUGCAGCAGACGUGUUAUUUAGUUCAACGACCACUUCCUGUUUCACCAAGUACUGAGUCAACUGGUUCGACCUCAAAGACGGUCCUGACAACUCGCCCAGUACUGGCCAUGCCUGUGAAAACAGCUGAUAAAGCAGCUGCUUUGCAAACUGGACGGCAGGCAUACUUGGUUAGGUAUAUCUCACCAGCCAAGUCAGGAAUACUGGUAAAUAGCUCUAAUGAGAAGGCAGCAAACCAGGGCAGCCAGGCAAAUGAAGGAAGCAAAAGCAGGGUUUUCCUUAAAAUAGUUAGAAGUCCUAAUGGUACCAGGUUCCUCUCCACUACUCCAUACACGUCAGCCAAAAAGCCACUUUAUGUGGCCGCAAACUCUCUUCAAUCACCGUACAUACUUAUGUCUUCAGAUUGGUCAGCAGGACUGAAAACCUCCAACAGAGCUCAUAGCCCCACUCAUACACUUAUCACCGCAAAGCUUAAAGACAUUUUACCAGACUCAGAUAGUCACAGUCAGAACCAAGUUGAGGAUGGCUUAGUAGUGCAGAAAUCACCCUUUUUGCCCAUGCAUACCCGUCCACCGAGCCAACGGAAGAGAAGAAGAAGGAUGGUGUUUGAGGAAUCUUUUGAGACAUCUCCUAAAACUAGAAGAAUGUCAAGCAAGGCCCUUGCUCUGAAAGAGCUUUCGCCGUUCAGCAAGCCAGCAGCAAAAGAUGUUGAGAGAACUCUUAGACUUUCUCCGUUCAGCCCAUUCCAACAGAUCAAAUGUCCUCGACAAAACCAGCCAGUAGUGGUGCUAAACCACCCCGAUGCUGAUAUUCCUGAGGUGACAAACAUCAUGAAGUCAGUUAACAGAUACAAAGGGGAAGUCAUUAAGGUGGCAUUGUCCGAAAAUACAGUCAGGGCCCUGUCUGAGUGGAACUUCAUUGGUCCAGAUGGUACACUGUCAAACACUCCUGGUAUCAGUGCAGGGUCAAGACUCCGGCCGUCAGGGAACAAGGUUCGAGAGCGAUUUAUCUUAAGACUGAAGCUAAAAAAGACAAGAAGAAAUAAAUAUGAGGUAGUGAGGUUGUCCUCCAGCACAGGUUCUGAGCAAAUACCAAUGUUUAGUUGUUGGUUUUGUGGCCGUGUGUUUAACAAUCAAGAAGAGUGGAUUGGCCAUGGACAGCGGCAUCUCAUGGAGGCUACAAGAGACUGGAAUAAGCUGUUCUAACGUAACCACAUAGCUCCAGGAAAAGCCGUCCUCUAAUGUAGAAACCUUUUUUUGUUUUGUUUUUUUUUUAAAAAAAAAAAGAAUAUAUAUAUAUAUAUAUAUAUAUAUAUAUAUAUAGUACUGUUAGAUAUACUUAAACUGUCUAUUUUUUUUUUUUAUAGAUAUCCAUUCAGAAGAUUUUUAAUGGAUAGUGUAAGAGAAAGUUUGGUACCUGGUACCAAUUUGUAUGUAAAUAUUUUUAACCCCUGUACAUUGAACUCUAGACCUUUGUGUAUGUACAUAACUGAACUGUGAAAACUGGACACACUGUAUGUUUAUACAUGCAAGCAAAAAGAUCACUGGUAUGAAAGGAAGGUGCUGUCUGUAAUAGACCUAUUUCAAUGCAGUCAGUUAACAGAUUUCUCAGGUAAUUUCAGAAUCCAGUUUAUAAAGAGAUCUUUUAUGUUAGCUCAGAAACCAUCUGAAAAUAUUUUUCAUUUAUGGUGUGUUUUUAAGUUGGCUGCAUACAUUAACCGUUGCAAGAGGUCAUAGAGCUUAUUACUUUAUUAAUUAGUUUUUUAAUUCAUUCUUGCGUAUAAAUACGUCCCUUUUAAAACCGAAUCAUUUCAAUGUUCGUUUUGAACACUGGUCAGUUACUGUAGCUGUAGAAAUAUGGUUGUGUAAAAGUGAUCUAGAAGCAACUGUUUAGGUUCCUGUGGAAGCUGUAUUUUAAAAUUGAAAAUUAUUUUCAUACACUGUAUGUGUGUAACCUUGUUCUUGAGUUUGUUUGUUUUACUGGUGCUAUCCCAUUUUUUCGUAACGCGUUAAGACUGACCCAGUGUCCUUUUCGUAGCAAUAAAGCAUUCUACAAUAGUUUUAAACAUCUUUCUGUACACCCUGCAGUCAUUAUAAUACCAGUUUUUAGUCAUCUUUUUUUUUUAAAUGCUCUUCUCUCUACUUUUAAUGAAGAUAAAACCUGCAAAGCACAGUAAUGCUUUACCAACAAACAGCAUGUUCUGAUGCAAACCCACCAAAUGGCCAACACUAACUAUCUUUUAGAUUGGAUCUUGUUCUCUUGUUCUACUUGUGUGCCUCGAUCUGCCUCAGUUUUCACCCAGUUGUACUUUGUGUGUGGUUUGUUUAUUUUUGUGUUUCACUGGUUAAGUGGCAAUUACUUCAACACAAAAAUCUCAAAAAUCUGUUUGUUUGUUUCUUAAGGACUGAAAUUUUAGCCUUUGUAUUGGCAUAGCCAGGUUAAAUGUUUGAACUCUAUUUGAAUGGUUUAACUUCCAUGGCUUACUACCAACAUCACAUAGAAUCUGCUGGUCUAUAUUUGUUACUAAUGACUUAUGCAAAUAUAAACUGUUCAAAUGGUCACUUUCUGAACAAGUUCUGCUUUACCUCAGGGUUGGCAGCAUUUACAAUACCGUGUAAAAUUCAAAGGCAGGAAUUUGUGAAGUUUUUACUUGUCAUUUUACUUAAAUCAUUAGCAUUUUGAACUCCUAGAGUUUGCAAUGACUUUGAAAUAUUCCUACUUUUCAAUUUUGAAAUAUGACAAUCAUUGUUACAAAGCAGUACCAUGUUUACCGCUGCUUUGCAUUCUGAUUGCUAUGCCUUCGGUUUUUAAAUGCAAAGUUUGAAAAUGUCCUCUCUGUUUAAAUCUUUUCACUCAAAAACCUCUACCCUUUAUUCUGCUCUUGUGAUCCUUCCUUACACUACCACUACAUUAUGCCAUCCACAAGCAGAAAGCAGAAUCCUCUCACAUGCCAACAUAACCGCAACCAAAUACUUUUUUAAAUCAUGAGGCAAAAAAAAAAAGAAGCUGUUUGGCAUUUAAUACUAAUGUCGAACAGGUUGUUUGGGUUUGCGAUGUGAAAAACAAAUGUAUUUUUUUAUGCUAAGUGCCUAAAAUGUGACGCACCAGGUCGACACUAUAUUGUACUGUAUUCACCUCUUUACAGUUCCUCCUCGAAUAAAUGUAAAUACUUUGAAAGAA